CGGCUGAGGCGCGGGCACUGGGCGGGCCCACGGGCGCCAGGGCGCCCGGUGCUGCGUGUCCCCGCGGCAGCUCCGCCCGCUGCGGCUCUGCGGCUCUGCGGCUCGGACCCGGGCUGUGGCGGGAGGGAAGAUGCCACAGCCCGAGUCCUGGAAGGCCGGGGUCCUGCGCUGCCGGCGUCGGGAUAUUUUUCUGCAUCUUCUGUGUGCCGUUUAUCGUAAUAAGUGAAGGGAGUACAGUGAACAGAGAAACAGCAACAAAAGGAAAUUGAAAAUGGCCCUUCAGCUAUGCUAGGUCUAUAAUGGGAAGUGUCACAGUUCGAUAUUUCUGUUAUGGAUGCCUUUUUACAUCUGCAACCUGGACGGUUUUGCUUUUUGUUUAUUUCAACUUCAGUGAAGUGACUCAGCCACUUAAGAAUGUGCCCAUCAAGGGGUCUGGGCCGCAUGGACCAUUCCCCAAAAAAUUUUAUCCCCGUUUCACUCGAGGUCCAGGCCACGUACUAGAAUCGAAAUUCAAAUCAAACAAUAUUGAUGAUGUGAUAGAUAAUCAUGUUGAAGAUCCAGAAAAAGACAAUGCGAAAUUCUCUCCUGAAUUGGGUAUGAUUUUUAAUGAACGUGAUCAGGAGUUGAGAGACUUGGGGUAUCAGAAACAUGCCUUCAAUAUGCUUAUUAGUAACCGCUUGGGCUACCAUAGAGAUGUGCCAGAUACAAGGAAUGCAGCAUGUAAAGACAAGUCUUACCGGACGGAUCUGCCAGUCGCUAGUGUUAUUAUUUGUUUCUACAAUGAAGCCUUGUCUGCCCUGCUCCGGACAGUACACAGUGUCCUAGACCGCACGCCAGCCCGGCUUCUUCACGAAAUUAUCCUCGUGGAUGAUGACAGUGACUUUGAUGAUUUGAAGGGAGAACUAGAUGAAUACAUCCAAAAAUACCUCACUGGAAAAAUCAAAGUAAUAAGAAAUACAAAGCGUGAGGGAUUGAUUCGCGGAAGAAUGAUUGGAGCAGCCCACGCGACAGGUGAGGUCCUGGUGUUCCUGGACAGCCACUGUGAGGUGAACGUGCUGUGGCUGCAGCCCCUGCUGGCCGCCAUCCGGGAGGACCGGCACACGGUGGUGUGCCCGGUGAUCGACAUCAUCAGCGCCGACACGCUCGCCUACAGCGCCUCCCCCGUGGUGCGGGGGGGCUUCAACUGGGGGCUGCACUUCAGGUGGGACCUUGUUCCCCUUUCCGAGCUGGAAGGGCCGGAGGGAGCCACGGCACCAAUCAAGUCACCUACAAUGGCUGGAGGGCUGUUUGCCAUGAACAGAAACUAUUUCAAUGAACUUGGACAGUAUGACAGUGGCAUGGAUAUCUGGGGAGGAGAAAAUUUAGAAAUAUCAUUUCGGAUCUGGAUGUGUGGAGGGAAGCUCUUCAUCAUCCCCUGCUCUAGAGUCGGACACAUCUUCCGGAAGAGGCGACCAUACGGUUCUCCAGAAGGCCAGGACACCAUGACGCACAACUCCUUGAGGCUGGCACAUGUUUGGUUGGAUGAGUAUAAGGAGCAGUAUUUUUCCUUAAGACCUGAUCUGAGGACCAGAAGCUAUGGGAACAUCAGUGAGCGUGUUGAAUUGAGGAAGAAGUUGGAUUGUAAAUCAUUUAAAUGGUAUCUGGAUAAUAUUUACCCAGAGAUGCAGGUAUCUGGGCCCAAUGCCAAACCCCAGCAGCCCAUUUUUAUCAAUAGAGGGCCGAAGCGCCCCAAAGUCCUUCAACGUGGAAGGCUCUAUCACCUCCAGACCAACAAGUGUCUGGCAGCCCAAGGCCGCCCGAGUCAGAAAGGAGGCCUGGUAGUGCUGAAGGCCUGUGACUACGGUGACCCUGAUCAGAUCUGGAUUUAUAAUGAAGAACAUGAACUGAUUUUAAAUAAUCUCCUGUGCUUGGAUAUGUCAGAAACUCGGUCGUCAGACCCACCACGACUCAUGAAGUGCCAUGGGUCAGGCGGCUCCCAGCAGUGGACCUUUGGGAGGAAUAAUCGGCUGUACCAGGUGUCUGUUGGGCAGUGCCUGAGCGUGGUGGAUCCACUGAGCCCCAGGGGCUCUGUUGCCAUGGCGAUCUGUGAUGGCUCCUCCCCACAGCAGUGGCGUUUGGAAGAUUAAGGUGGAUGCCGUGGCUGGAACGGGGGUUGUCACGCUCGUCCCCACCAUGGAGACGCCCGGGAAGAUGGGCAGAGGUGAGCGAGCAGACACGGCAGAGACUGGAGCCCCGAGUGACCGUCCGGAGGUGAAGACGUUGUUUGACCGAGAUGUUGGGGUCAUUUCUGAACUGCUGUUGAGGAAUUUCUUGCUUACGGUAGGAAACCAGAAUACCGUUUUCACUCCUGAGGAGUCAGGUUUGUACGGAAGGAUAAAGCCCAGGAAAUUGACGUGUCUCUUCAUAUUUAUUUCUGCUCCUUUUAAAUCCCCUGUAAGAAUGGAGUGGCAUUUAUGUGAUCAGGAGCUUGUCGUGAUUUCCUUUCUUAGAAGACUUCAUCGGUGAUGGUUAAUUUUUUUUUUUGGUCUAUUACCAUGUUCUAAAUAGAUAGUUUUAAAUAAACUGGUUGAAUCCACAUUACUUUUAACUUCAGAAGACAUCAUUUAUAAGAUUAUAUUUAAGAGGCAGUUAACUAUUUUAAAUUAUUUUGAUGAAUUAUGGUACUAUCUACAUUUACAAUAAAGGAUUCUUUUGAUUAUUUACCUCGGA